CUUUUGUAGUAAGUUAUUCAAGUGUGCGACACGUAGAUCUGAAAUAGGUUAGCUUAUACAAAAUGGCAACCACGUACUUAGAUCGGGUAUAUGUAUUUGGUCUAAUCUUACUGACGUUUUUUGUUUCUGGUGCAGACGCGAUAACCUGUCGAAACUAUUACCAGACAUCCAGCUGGGAAGACUUCAAUAUUCCUACAACAGAGAAAGACAACAUCGAGUGUUCAUUCGGUUGCUGCGGGUCGUUUUAUAAACGAUACUGCUGUUCCAUUCCAAUAUGGAUUAUCUUGAUUUCCGUCGUGGGAAUCAUAUUCGUUAUUUUUUUCAUCAUCACCUGCGUCUAUUACUGCGUGAAACGACAUGGUAGACCCGUCACCGUCCUUCAGACGAGAACCAUUGCUGGCGUGCCCAUUGUCUACCAGACAAAUACCGACUCAUGUACAAUUGGCGUUCCACCGUCAGCGAUGUGGACUCCUCCGCCAGCUCAUGGAGCCUAUCCAGGUGCACCGUCACCAGCCUAUCCAGGUGCACCGUCACCAGCCUAUCCAGGCGCACCGCCACCAGCCUAUCCAGGCGCACCGCCACAAGGUUAUGACAACGUACCUCCACAAGGUUAUGGCAACGUAUCGCCACCAACCAAUGCUAAAUAACCACCACCAGGCUGUCGAGGCGCACCGCCACGGACCAGUGUAGAUAUAUCACCACCGACGUCUACGGACUGAUAACGUCCGACAUAUGAUUACGCUUGUAAAUAUUUAUCUGGACAGUGCCAUAGGUAAAAUGAUAAUUAGGAUGGUUGCCGCCAUCACUAGUAUUCAAACUCCAGUACCAAAUAGUGUACAGUUAUUUUCCUAACCCUGAAGCUCAACGAACUUCAUGUAUAAACGACACCAAUAUGAAAUUAACUUGCUAAUUUUUCUCUGAGAGAGGAGAGAGAUUGGCAAAAGGGGAUUAAUUCGCAUCAAUAAGCUACCCACAGCCGCGGUACGAGUUAUGGUCCGUUUGCGUCAGUUACUAUUUAUCCCAAUAAAUUUGAUGGUAGUUUGCUAAGAAACAUUUUUACUGACAUGAUAAUUUCUUCUUCUUUUUUCUUGUUGUUGUUGUUCUUCUUCUUCUUGCUUCUUCUUCUUAUUAUUUUUUAAUGUGUAAAAUAAAUUGUGUGACUUAUAAAAUGUGAAAUAAAUAUUUCAUCUAU